AAACCAGGUUGUGGUCUGACUUCCCUAGUGGGGGGAGGGGGGUGGCUGUAACUUGCUGUAACUGUGUGCAUUUCCUCACAGGCAGCUGCUGCGUUGGCCCUCGGAAGAAUGUAAACACACACACAGAUCACAUGACUGAACUCUCGAGGUAGAUAAUAUGGCCACAAGCUACCGGCUAGCAGCUCCAGGUCCGGACAGCAUACCGAUAAUUUAACGGAGACGUGUCCAGGGUUACAGUAUCUGUUGUUAACGUAGACAAUGAGUCCCCCACCUCUGCUUUUUCUGCUGGCUAUACUAUUCUACUACUACACUUACUAUAUUCACCAAACAUCCUGACUGUGGAGAAAUCUAGAGGGCUGAGAUUAUCAAACUCAAUAAUGGAAGGCCAGUCUGCUAGUGAGCCAUCCGGACCAGGUUUUGUUUUGGCUGACUAUGCAGUCUUUGCUGCCAUGUUAUUGGUUUCUGUGGCGAUAGGACUUUUCCAGGCCCUGAAGAAAAGGCCAAGAGAAGCAACUGCUGACGACUUCUUCACUGGGGGCCGGAGCUUGCCAGCGAUUCCCGUUGGCUUGUCUCUCUGUGCCAGCUUCAUGUCAGCAGUCCAGGUUCUGGGUGUUCCUUCUGAAGGUUUUCGCUAUGGCUUCAAAUUCCUCUACAUGUGCCUCGGACAAAGCAUCAACUCCUUGAUGACAGCUUACCUGUUCCUGCCGGUUUUCUUUCGACUGGGCAUCACCAGCACCAAUCAGUAUCUGAGGAUGAGAUUUGGCAGAGGGAUGCAGCUGCUGGGGAGCAUUCAGUUUCUCGUUGCCACGCUGCUUUACACAGGGAUUGUCAUCUACGCGCCAGCUUUAAUUCUGAAUCAAGCUACUGGACUCAACAUAUGGGCAUCUCUAUUUUCUACUGGGCUCAUCUGCACCUUGUACACCACACUGGGUGGAAUAAAAGCUGUGAUCUGGACUGAUGUAUUCCAGAUCAUUGUCAUGUUGUUGGGCUUUGUGGCCAUUUACAUCCAUGGCACAGUCCUGGUUGGUGGUCCGGCACAAGUACUGAGGAUUGCAAACAAUGGAUCACGCAUUAAUUUUAAUGAUUUUAGCUUUGACCCACGGCAUCGCUACACAUUCUGGAGCCUCUCUGUUGGGGGUGCAUUGGUUUGGCUGUCCAUGUACGGAGUGAACCAAGCACAAGUCCAGCGAUACAUCUCCUGUCGAUCAGAGAGAGCGGCGCAGUGGGCACUGUUUGUGAACCAAGUGGGUCUGUGCCUCAUUGUGAGCAGUGCAGCAACCUGUGGCAUCGUCAUGUUUGCUUUUUACAACACGUGUGAUCCGCUGAAGUCUGGGAGGAUUUCUAAACCUGACCUGCUUAUGCCGUACUUUGUGCUGGACAUAUUCGAAAAUUACCCGGGCUUCCCAGGUCUUUUCCUCGCCUGUGCAUACAGCGGGACUUUGAGUACGGCUUCCACAAGCAUCAAUGCCAUGGCUGCGGUGACGAUUGAGGAUAUCCUGCACCCCUAUCUGCUUCACAUGACACAGAAGAAACUGAUGCUGGUUUCCAGAGGACUGUCACUCCUGUAUGGUGGUGGUUGUAUCUUGGUGGCUGCACUCUCCUCCCUAGUGAACUGGGGAGUUCUUCAGGGAUCAUUUACUGUCAUGGGUGUGGUCAGCGGCCCAUUACUUGGAGUGUUUAUUUUGGGAAUAUUUUUCCCAGCAGCAAACAGACUGGGGGCAUUCACGGGGAUAUUAGCUGGCUUCCUUGUCUCUAUGUGGCUAGCUGUAGGUUCAACUCUGUAUCCACCCAGUGAGGAGACCAUGGGUGUCCUGCCCAGCUUAGCAGGUUCCUGUGAAUCCAUAAACACCACCCAGAGUAGCAUACCUAUCGAAGACCAGCACUCUGUCUCCACCCGGCUUCACCCCAAUAACCAGGGGGGCCUGUUAAACUUCUACUCCAUGUCCUACCUCUACUUCGGUGCCAUGGCAACUAGUUCAGUUGUACUUGUCGGUGUAAUUGUGAGCUACGCAACAGGCCCAACAAAGAGGGAGAACAUUAAAGAAGGUUUGUUAUGGUGGGACCUGAAAAAGAAGAAAGUGGAGGGUUCCCCUAAAAACAGAGAGGGAGACAAAGUGUCAGAAGAACUACAGUGUGUGUCUUUGAUGGCAAUGGACAAGCAGGAUGCAUGAAGGGGAAGGAGACCAAAGAGACAGCAGAAAAUAAAGUCACUGCACAGUCUAUAGCUGUUAGAAGACUACUGAUCCCACUGGAACACAUCACGGUGCUAUCUUCUCUCUAUCGGCACUAAUAAAUUUAGGUGUUGCUUUCA